UACAGGGAUGCUACAUAUCAUUUAAUCUUCUUGAUGUACUUGCUUUAUAUUUCCUCAUCUUUUACUUCUCGUUUAGAUGGCAAUUAGGUUUUAGGGUUUUAGGUUUCUCCAUCUUAUAUUCUUCUCUCCCUUGCACUCACAAUUUUCAGCUCAAUAACAAGGAUUGUUUAACCCCAAUGGAGUCUCCUCCACCCUCCGCCGCCUCGGCCGCCGCCACAAAGGUUUCUCGGUCCACCGUAGAGAAGGCGGUAAACGCUCUUCUCAAAUGGAAAGAUUCUAAAUCGAAAAUCCAAAAGCCCCAAUUACUCCCACAAGAUGAUUUCAUCUACCUUAACCUCACUCUCAAGAAAAUACCACCAAAGCCUCGUACCAAUGCAUAUCGAAUCCCUUUCCCUCACCCGCUUCACGACGCUUCCGCGGAACUCUGCCUUAUCAUUGAUGACAGACCAAAUUCAAAGCUCACUUCAGAGGCCGCGAAAAAGAUUGUUAAAGCUCAAAACAUACCGGUUACCAAAGUCAUCAGGCUUUCGAAACUUAAGACUAAUUACAAACCCUUUGAAGCGAAAAGAAAACUUUGUGAUUCGUAUGAUCUUUUCUUGGUCGAUAGAAGGAUUGUUCAUUUGCUUCCUAAGCUCUUAGGGAAGCAGUUUUUCAAGAAAAAGAAGUUGCCUUUGCCGUUAGAUUUGACGCAUAAGAAUUGGAAGGAGCAAGUGGAGAGGGCUUGUGCGUCGGGGUUGUUUUAUUUGAGAACGGGGACUUGUUGUAUGAUGAGGGUUGGUAAGGGUUCGAUGGAGAGUGAACAGAUUGUUGACAAUGUGGUUGAAGCAAUAAAGGGUGUUGUUCAGGUGGUUCCGAAGAAAUGGGGUGGUGUGAGAAGCUUGCAUUUGAGGCUUUCUGAUUCUUUGGCAUUGCCAUUGUAUCAAACGUUGCCCGAUAUCAAACUCAAGAUUCAGGGGUUUAAGGAGAAAGAAACCGAGGAUAGAGUUGAAGAAGUGACUGAUGGUUUGGUUGAGGUUAAGGAAAGUAGCGAGAAAGCUGAGGAGGGGUCAGGGAAGAAGAAGCGGAAGAAUAAAGGAAGAAUUCAUGAAGUUAAUUACAUGGACUUUGACGCUGGUAUAGAUGAAUUGGGAAGUGAUGAUGAUGAUGAUGAUGUCGGUAAUGAUGUAGAAAAUGUUGGUAAUAAUGAAGAGGAAAAUAGUGAUGAAGACGUUGAGGAGAGUGAGGAUGUUGAAGUUGAGAAAGUGAAAAAGGGGAAAGCUAAGAAGGGUAGUAUUCUGAGUGAGUCAAAUGGUGAAAAGAUGGCAAAAAAGUUGAAAAGAACUGAGGAACAAAAGAAAAGUAAGUUGUCUUUGAAAGAUGGAAAGAAGAAGAAGAAGAAGAAGGGUUCCGAGCUUGAGAAAAAGCUGAAGGAUGGGUCAGCGAAGGCAAAGAGUAAGAGAAGCAAGAUAAGAACAUAAGAAUAAUUAGUGUUAUUAAGAGCUUUACUGAUAACAGAUCCAUUCUAUUUUGAAGUAGUCUUUAGCAGGUUGUGCCUUAGAUCUUGUUUUGAAACAGAUUUUGCACUACCUAUUUUAUUUGGAUAUUAUUGUUGUUUUUUGCUUUCCCCUUCUUCUCAGUUUUGAAUUGGAAGGAAUCCAUAGUUCAGACUUUGUAUGUGCCGUAACCACCUUCCUCUGCUAUGUUAAUCAGCUUAUAUUAUUCAAAAUUUUAUUCAUUUUUGCUGCUUA